AUGUGCUUCCUCUCUUUGUGUUGGCUUUGCCUCUGGCUGCUACACCAUGCGCUACUUACAAGUACUCAUCGAUCGAUUGGAGAGGACACGACACAACGCACUACAUGGCGGACCCCGAGUUAUGGGGACUGUACUUUCGUCUGUUUGAUAGCCCGAAAGAUUCUCAGGCCAAGUAAGCAUAUGCUCAUCUUGACCCCAGCGCACGAGAAUAGUUUCGACGUCAAUACCGUACUGCGCUGCUGGGGUCAAGUCGCGAGAAACUUCAGCAACAUCAAGAAGGAUCCUUACAUUUUGGCGUACCAAUAUCGACGGUUCAUGGACGAGUGUGAUAUGCGCCAUUGUACAGGGCGUACAUCGCGUCGUGAACAUGCCAACCCGUACUACGAAAACCUUCUAGCGAGUCAGGAUGAACCUUCCUCUGAAGCGACGUCUGAUUUAACUUGUGCACUACGGUACACAAAAGAGCAUCACGGGUGCUUCUAUGAUAAAAGCCAGGUAACUAUGAUUAUAAGCAUCCUAGACAAGCAGAACGCGUCGAUCCAACCUUCCCUCCAUGACCAGAAGCGUGCGCGGGUGGACUUGCACAAUACAGCUUGCCCAUCCAAAGCAGCUAAAGAGCGCGUGGGGCGAAAGAAGCGGGCGAAUUCCGGAUGGGGCCAUGACGAUGCUGAAAGGAAGCCGUUUGCGCCACAUUCCAGAGCAGACGACGGAACCGGAACUCAGAGCCACGCUACAACCUCGCGAUGCCAACUCGAAAACUGAAACUUUGCCA